GGAUCAUGGCUUUGAAGUAGAGUAAGCAUUGUGGCAUAUCAUAAUUACAGUUGAGCUGGGCCUGCACCCUGACGAAACACUAUCUUUUUGUAAAAUCCAAAAUUUCAGAAAAAGUAUGUAUAGGAACUGAUUACAAUAAUCACAGAGCCCUCACUAGGUGUUGUUGAAGCUGACUUUUAGUUCAUAAUUAACUGAAAACUUUUAAAUCCACUUGGCUGUUCUGCAGCAAUGAAUUGAGACCCAAGGAAUAAAACCAAGGCAGAAAAAAUGGACGUGGGUGAUCUGAACCCUGGAGUUACUGCUGGUCCAUCCACCCCUGACCAUCUCACUGAUGCCAACAAAUCUGAGAGCAGCAACUUGUGUGAAGCUCUCCUGUCAGAAGGAACGUCUAUCAAGUCUUGUGCAGAAAACUCAACUGAUGGCACUGAGUUGCCAAUUAGUUCUGCAAACUCUAACAGUGAAAUAGAUGAAAAAGAAACUGCGGCUAACAACGAUGCUUGUAAAAGUGGUUCAUGUGUUGAAGAAAGCUCUGUGACUGAAGAUGCCUUAUUGCUUCUUGCAUUAAGCUCUGCUCACAAUGAUGAUCAACUAUCACCAAAUGAAGCUAGUUUAUUACUUGCUGAAAUGCAGAGCUCCAAAUAUUCAGAUGAUAAAUCUGGCAUAAAAUCUGAAGUCCUUGUUGAAAAUACACAGUUGAAAGAAAAUAAUGAACUGAAAAAACCAUCUGGUGUAGAUCAUUCUAAGAUACUUGAAAUUCUUAGUGGAACAGAUUUUAAUUCAAUCACAACAGCUCUUGAUAAAAAUGUAGAUGAGCUUGUUUCCCAAAAACAAAAUAUCCUUCCAAGCGAUGAAAGUAUUCCCAGGAUUCGUACUACUGCAUUAGUGGAAAACACUACAGAAGUUCCUGAUGGUACAAAUAAGGAAGAACCACAUGACAGAGAGACUACUACCUCUCCUCUGGUUCAAGAUGAAAUACUUCCAAAACUGACUGCAUCAUCCUGUCCACUGGAAGCUGAGAGAAACAUUGCUAUUACUGAUGAACUUCCUUUUAAAGGUAUAGCUCCUCAGGGUUCAAAUGCUGAUUCUCCUCACACUGGAAUUGAGUUUUCCUCUUUGCCUCUUGACAAGGUUGAAUCUGGUGUAGAUCUCAGUCCAAAUAAAAAGACUCUUUCUCUUUGUGAAGCUUCAAAAACUUCAUCCUGCACUCCAGUUAUUGAGGAAAAUCCAGAAACGCACCUGCCUGAGGAAGCUGAGACACCUACUUAUGAGGAAAAAAAUAUUUCUCUUGUAAUUCCUCCUCCUGAUAUGAAAACGACUUUUGUGCCAUAUCCUGAAGCACAAAUAACUUCUGUUUCUUCAAAUUUCAAUGAAAUUCCAUUACCAAGCAAAUCCCACAAAGAUGUUCAAGAGGGAAGUCAGAUUUUACAAUCUUCAUGUGAUGAUGAAAUUCUGUUGCCUGCAACUGAAACUCAUUCUUGUGUUCCUUACGGUGACCAGAUCCCUGCCCAGCCCAACUCAACGCUUGCGCCUCAACCUCUUCCUGGUACCAUAGAUGAUGCUUCUCAAUACAAAGAAGCCUUAACUCCCCCUCCUGCUGAAGCCCACACUCCCCCUCCUCCUGUUGAAGCCCACACUCCCCCUCCUCCUACGCCCCACUGA